AUGCAGCCCAUGCAGCCCAUGCAGCGGCCAAGCAGUCAUCUUCGCUGCUAUUCUCGCCGAUUCCUUGUUCAACCAGCAAGGAGUCGAGACAAUUCGCCGUUUCCCGCCACAAGUCGAGCUAAUCGGUCUUCCAAAGUUCUGGGAUCUCAGGGACCCAAAACCUUGAUCGCCGGUCCCAAAGAUUCGCUCACCUCGUCACCGAGCCGUUUCGCUUCCACGCAAGUACGGAGUAGUUUCUACGGUCCGUACACACAAAUUCUGACUGUCAACCUGUUCGUUUCCAAGAACCUCAGGCCUCUCAAGGGGGUCAAACAAAAUUCUGUUUCGACAACAUGCAUUGAACCCCUGCCAUGCAACGGCGUGGCUAUACGAAUGCUUGGCUUUGGACUAAGAUAA